GGUGUGGUGAUUAGCUUGCUUGGUGAAAAUUUUUGUCUAAUCUGACCCGCGUAGCGCUCGUCUCUGACCCCUUAAGCCGUUUAAAUUGUAUUAAAAUUAACACGGCUCCCUUUGGGAUUUCUCUCAUAGCUGGGACCAUGGUAGUCGUGUGAAAACGGAUCGGUGUGACUCCGACUGGAAGGACGGACAGAGCCGAAAAGCCUGUUACAGGUGUCAGCUGGUACAGCGUGUGAAAGUGUGUGCGUGUGUGUGAGUGUGUGUGUGUGUGUGUGUUCGUGUAGGCACGUGUGUUUAUCCCGGCCCAGUCAGUAUUCGGAGCAGAGCGUGGCCUGAACACAUCGCAGAGGGACAAUGAGCGAGCUGGAACAGUUGCGGCAGGAAGCCGAGCAACUACGCAGUCAGAUCCGGGAUGCCAGGAAAGCCUGCAGUGACUCCACUCUGUCACAGAUCACAGCUGGUCUGGACUCAGUGGGCCGGAUACAGAUGCGGACGCGGCGCACUCUCAGGGGCCACCUGGCCAAGAUCUAUGCAAUGCACUGGGGGAGCGACUCCAGGUUACUUGUCAGUGCCUCUCAAGAUGGAAAGCUAAUCAUCUGGGACAGUUACACAACAAAUAAGAUGCAUGCCAUCCCGCUGCGCUCUUCCUGGGUGAUGACAUGCGCCUACGCCCCCUCUGGGAACUAUGUGGCCUGCGGAGGCCUGGACAACAUCUGCUCCAUAUACAGCUUGAAGACCCGUGAAGGCAACGUGCGCGUCACCCGAGAGUUACCUGGACACACAGGUUAUUUGUCCUGCUGUCGUUUCUUGGAUGACAACCAGAUACUGACCAGCUCUGGAGACACCACCUGUGCUUUGUGGGACAUAGAGACAGGCCAGCAGGCCACCUCCUUCACUGGCCAUACAGGUGACGUGAUGAGUUUGUCUCUAAGCCCUGACUACAAGACCUUCGUGUCAGGAGCCUGUGACGCCACUUCCAAGCUGUGGGACAUCCGUGACGGCAUGUGCAGGCAGUCCUUCACCGGCCACGUGUCCGACAUCAACGCCGUCAGCUUUUUCCCCAACGGGAAUGCCUUUGGCACAGGCUCAGAUGACGCCACCUGCAGGCUGUUUGACCUGCGUGCCGACCAGGAGUUGAUGAUGUACAGCCAUGACAACAUCAUCUGUGGCAUCACCUCUGUGGCUUUCUCCAAGAGCGGCCGCCUGCUCCUGGCCGGCUACGAUGACUUCAACUGCAACGUCUGGGACACUCUCAAAGGCGAGCGUGCAGGUGUGCUAGCGGGCCACGACAACAGAGUGAGCUGUUUAGGAGUGACCGAAGAUGGCAUGGCUGUGGCCACCGGGUCCUGGGACAGUUUCCUCCGGAUCUGGAACUAAAACAAACCUCUCUCCUGCCAUACUCAAUCACUGCCCCGCCAACUUUCUCCCCACAGCCCCACCCAACAUAUCCCAACUCAUCUGCUGGGCUGGACCUGAGGGGUGCACACUGUGUCAGCCAAAAUCCUCUUAAUUCACCCCCAGUUCUCCUCUCUACGCCGGCGACCUGCCCACCUGUGAGAAAGUACCGACUCUUUCUACUUUUCCAAGUGUUUUUUUUUCACCCAGCUCUACACAACAACAAAAAUAAGAAUCUUUCAUUAGAGUUGUCCAGUCAAAAACAAAAUAAGAGUUAUGAAGGGGGGGCUAUAAAGAACAUCUGUUACCACGACCAACAACAAAGUGAGAUGACCGUCAGUGUGUAAUAUGUAAAUGUAUAUAUAAAGACAGUAUAUAUGUAUAGCAUUAUGUGUGUAUAUAUGCAUCAUAUAUGCAUAUAUAAUGUGUAUGUAUAUAUUUUUGUAGUUUAUUUCCCACCUUUGAGUUUUUUUUUAAAUAAUUUUGGGGGUUUUAUGUUUUAUUUGAAAUGUACAUAUUGACAUUACUACACAACAUAAUGCCAGAAACAUUUAUUUUAUCCUGUGUGAGUGUCAGACAAUUUAGACGCAGCGAUGAAUCAUACCUUAAAAGUCUCCUUUAAUUUUCAAAAACUUCGGGUAUUUGCUGACUCAGUCAUGCUCACUCAUCUGGCAACAAAAAAAAAAGAAUAUUACAAGUCAAUGAAACAAUUUUCCAAAAAUAUAAUUUGGCUCUGCUAAAAUCACUUUCCUCAUUUAUAUGUGUGUAUAAUGGUUACAUGCAUAACUCAUGCAUCCUGCGACUCUAAAUGUUGCGUUCAUGUGAAUGAUGACUGUGAUGGUAUUUUUUUUUUUUGUUUUUUGUUUUGUUUGUUGUUUUACAACCCCUAGCAUUCCUUACCACAGGACUUUUGUUUUGGAAGAAACUGUCACACUGCUGUGGUUGCAAUCAGAAAAAGAGGUUUAAACCAACAAGCCAUGUUUUUAAGUUCUCAGUCUGAAUUCAGCUUUAGCUCCAAAGUAGAGACCAGAAAAUUUUAGGCUAUUUUUUUUUUUAUUGGAGGCUCUGCUUUGGCCUCGAUUCAAGUGGAUUGCGAUAUCAGAUCAUCGGAUGCUGAAUAUCUGAAGACCACAGCCAUCUCAUGCAAAUCAUCAGCUGUGCGUGAAAUGAUUAAUAACCCAGUAAUGGUUCUAAGCAGAGGUGGUGCAUCCUAAUAGUCCUGUCUCCUGUGGCAUACAGAAUCUACACUUAAAGUGUUAAAGUUGAAAUGAGCAUCUCAAGUUGCCCGUACAAAGGACACUGAUGGAGAGAAGGGCGUUGUGAAAAGAGACGUAUUCUUGUCCGAGCAGAAGCUGUUCUCUACCUGUGAGCCUGUAACAGCAAUGAGGCCUGUAUGGACAAAUGGGAGAGUGGUCAGUCGUUAUGUGUGGAUAUUAAAUGACCAUAAAGGACAGCAGUGUCUCUUGUCAGCAGCCUCUGAGGACUAGAGAAAAGAUGAUGAAAAAGAAGAGCUUGCCAUGUUAUUUUUCUUUCUUCUUUUUUUUUUCUAAAUGAAGGAUCAAUGAGUCCUUUUUGUCGUCAACAAUGUGUGAACUGAGUGACUGCAUGGAACUGAGAUCAUGUUAGCCACUCCAACAUCACACCAGUGCCACCACAAGCCUGUAAAAAAAAAAAAAAAAAAAAAAAAAAAAAAUUUAAAGGGUUUAACACUCUCAACGAUUUUUUUUCCUCACCAAAAACAUGUUAUAAACUGUUAAAUAUCGCUAAAGAAGAAAGGACACUUGCUAGACAGAAAUGUACAUUUAGUAGAGAGCUAGAAAUGCACUCACAAACUGUAGUACAAAUGUAAACCAUGGAGCACAUGACUUAUUUACCUAUAGAGGUAGCAUUUCUGAUUUUGAGUAUUUUCUCAUUACGCAUCUUCCAUUAUUUUGGUUCCUCUAAAGGCUUAAUUUUUUUUUUUUAUUAUUUAAAACAUAAUAUGUGUGAGUUGGACCUAUCCAUCAGCUGUCUCAGGUGCCUAUCUCUAAGUCUAAACAUUUGAUCCACAUGGGCUGGAUAAAGGAGGGUUUGUGCUCCUGUGAGAUGUGGCACUUUAGAGUCUCCAUUCUGCCUUACGAUACCAUUUAUAAUAGAAGGUAAUACUAGCAUCGACAACAGUAAUGUUUUCCUCUUACUAUUCCUUUUUACACACUGAACGAUCACAGAGAUUGCUUUUUUUUUCCUCCAAAUAGAAGCACAUUCUGAUACUAGUGAACACUAAAAAGCAUGCUUACAGUAAACCACCACGACCACAUGCAGCUCCAUACUGCUUCUUAAAGCGUUUUACAUCACUUUUUAUAAAAUCCUGCUUUCUACUACUACCGUACAGUUUGUAGUAUUUAUUAAGGUUCAAUCAGCUGUCAAUGAAACCCCUCUUUGGCAAACCGUGAUUCUAGUGAUUUCUUUUUUAUGUUUUAGCUGCUUCUACCUGGCUUUACAUUAAUGAAUCCAUUUUGAGAGAAUGUUAAAGAAUAACAGUUAUAGUUUUUAGCCUGAGAAUAUCUUUGAGGUGUUUAGGAUGUGAUAUGUAUUGCAUAUCAGUGUUGAGGUGUGUAUGUGGGGGGAAGGGAGGGAAGGGAAGGGAAGGGAGGGGAUUGAUUUGCUGAUGCAUGUGGAUAACAUAUAGAUCUAAGUGUUACUUCCUCAUUUGUGCCAAUGUUAUCCACAGACCCUGAGCUGUGAACUGAAAACUAGUCAAUGUGACAAAAAAAACAAAAACAAACACAAAACAUUUUAUCUCACUUUACUCAAGUGCCAGCCUUUUCCAUCAAUUAAGAUCACAUCAGAGUCUGAUUUCACACCUGUUGUCACAUAGGUGGACCACUUAUAUCUGAAGAUGGGUUUUGUGUAUCCCGAAAUGUUAAAUUGACAGUGCUUAUCAGACAGAAGUUGCUGUUUCAGUCAGUGGACAUUAAAUUUUCAUGUGUCCCCAGAUAAAGAUGAUGGACUGACAGUUUGUAUUCAGAGGAAUCGUUCGACAUUUUGGGAAUCAUUGCCUUUCUGGCUGUUAGAUAAGAAGAUCCAUACCACACUCAUAUCUGUCUGUUAAAUAUUAGGCUUCACGUAUAUCAACAGAUGUUACCUUUUACAAGGAAUACGAAGUGAAAUGUCGCCAUGGAUUCCGCGAGUUAUGCUGUGAACUAAAGCCUGAGCAUCGUUUUUGGCCUACAUUUGUAAACACUUUGGAAAACUAAAUACGCAGAAUCUGCUAUUGUCAGUUUCCGUUUGCAGUUUACCUGUGCACGUGGAGACAACUAUCACUGGAUUACUCUGAUGCUGAAGGGAGCUUAAAAUGUAAUAAUUCUCAGUUAAGUUCUGAAGUGUCUUUCCUUUCGAAGCGUGUUAAUGGAAAUUUAUUUGGGAUAGACGUCUGAGAUAACAGCAUCCACGUCAACUGUAAGUCAACCGUAACUAUAAGCGACCUAAAAAUACAAAAAGUAGCGUGGUCUUAGCAGGAGCAGGAGUCUCCGUGGCUGGCUCGCAACUGCUCCAGCAUACAACUGUCCUCCAAUCAUUUUUUUUAAGUUUAAAAAUAUAUUACAUAUUUAAAAAAAUAGGCAUAGCUUAAUAUUAAUUAAUUUUAUUAAUUAGUGACACAUUUAUAUGCAUGUAGCCGGACUUUGUUGUUGCUAGAAAGAGCUAGGCUAACCCAAGUUUCCAGUCUUUGUUAGCUAGCUGUUGCUAGCCAGCAGCAUGUUUAACAUACGAGUCAUCUCUUCUCCGCCAGAAAGCAAAUAAGCUGUUCCCUACAGUGUCAAACUAUUCCUCUAAAUCCACCCUGUUUUCACUUUCAUGUUCCAUCAUGAACUGUGUGAAAUUAAAAAAUAUAUAUAUACGCCAUAGCCCUUACCAGGUGAAAAAGGGGAUUGUCUGUAUUACUGACAGUGCUAUUCAGUAGGCAGCCAUUUCUUCGUUGUGUGUGUAAUUCAGCAGUAUUAGCAGCUGGAACCUGGAAUAGUAAGUUAACACUUCUACGUGCCUGUGCAGUUCACACAUCCAAGUAGUGCAGUAGACUCAUUAAACAAAAAAAAAAAAAAAAAAAA